AUGGUUGAUUCAUCCAUCGUUUUAAACAAUACCAAUCCAAUGAAUAAGAAUUAUCGACGACCAUUGUAUUUGACACAAUCAUCAUAUAAACUUUUUCAAAUAAUAAGUAAAAGAUUAAAUUAUUCACUGAAGAAAAAAGAUGAACAAGAAUUUAUAUAUAAACGAUUAAGUUUAUUUGAUCAACAAUAUUAUUUGGAAAAUGAACAACAUUUAUGGCAAUCAUAUUUCGACAUUGGUUUACAACAGCAUGUCUGGCCAGAAGAACUGUUUAAAAUGGCUAAUACGACAAAUGAUACGAAAUUAUGUCACGAUUUUCUUAUGACCUACGUUGAAAAUUUAAAAGAACAACUGAACAAAUGUCAAUUACACUUAAAUGAACAAUCUCCAUUAUGUUCAAUUACAAAAUUCACUUUAGAUCAAAUUGAUCAAUGUUUGAAAGAAUAUGUUCAUAGUGAAAGAAAUUAUCUAUCCAAGAGACAAAAAGAUCAAUUAAUAAAAUUUAAAGAUUAUAUUCAUGAAAAAGAUCUAUAUAAAACAAUUACUUCUUAUCAAUUCAAUAUAAAUUUGAAUGAAUAUUCAAAUAAAUUAACAACAAUCAGAGAACAACAAGCGGCAAUUUGGAAAGAUUAUCUUAUGUUAGAAAUGCGAAUUCAAUGUAAAAUUUUACCAAAACAUUUCGAUUAUUUAGAAAAUUUUCUUGGUUGCAUCAAUUAUUUACCAUUCAACGAUACUCAAAAUAGGAUUGAAAUAAAAAAUAAACGUUUUAAACUUAUUCAAGAAGCAAAACGUACUUGGUUAUUUAUUUUUUUCAGUGUUUAUAUACAUAAACUAGUAAAACGUGAGCAACUUUAUGAAAAUGAAUUCAAACAACUAGAAAUACAACUAUUAAAUAAUAAAACUACAAAAGAUGGUGUAUGUUUUUUAAGCAACAUGAGAGAAUAUAUAACUUAUCGAACAAAUCGAUUAAAACAAGAUACUACUUAUGAAAUAUCAUCCUUUCGAGGUAUACUCAUAAAUAAUCGUCAACGUUCAUCAACAGCUAAAAAUAUGAUUGGUGUAUCACCUGAAACAUUUCUUCAUCUUCUUGAAAAUCCUUUCAUAACAUUACAAUGGAAUCAACUUUCCCUUGGUCCAUCAUAUAUACGAUUAAAUCAAAGUGGUAUUCGUCCAGAGAAACAACAACAAAAACUACUCGAAAAAGAACAUAAAAAGAUAAAUGACAUAAUCAAAUCGAAUCUUACGAAGAUGCAACAUAUUCCAGAGAAAUCAUCCGUUCUUAAAGAUUAUUCAACAAAUCUUCUUAAUUAUUUACAUCAUUCGUAUUUGACUCCUUUAUCAUAUAAAGAUAAACUCGCAGCACAACAACAACAAUACAUUGCUUCAUCAAUUCGAAAAGUAAUUCGAGAAAAAAAUCUAAUUAUUCGUGUUACGGAUAAGGGUCAUAAUUUUUAUAUUGGUUCAGCUAUUGAAUUUGAAAAAAAAGCCCAAAAAUUUUUCUCUGAUACAAAUGCUUUUAUAGAAUUAUCUGAAAAUCCAUUCAAUGAUAUUGUCAAUAAAGUCAUACAAUUACUUAAUCGACUUCGUGGAAAAGAUCUUAUUCGAAAAUGGCAGUAUGACAAAAUGAUGCCUAAUCGAGCUAAAUGUGAAUUAGCUCAUUUAUAUUUUAAUCCCAAGACACAUAAGGAAAAUAUACCUGUUCGACCGAUUGAAAAUACAAUUCAUGCUCCAACAACAAAUAUUUCAAAAUUUUUAGAUAAAAUUUUACAACCUAUAUUCAAUGAUAAAUGUAAAGAAACAAAUAUUGUUGAUGGCGCUUCUUUAAUUGAAGGACUUCAUAAAUAUAAAGAAAAAGGUCUCCUUAAAUCAUCCACUCUUUUUUGUACAUUUGAUAUUCAUAAUUUGUAUACAAUGUUACCACAAGAAGAAUCUAUUCGAAUACUUGGUGAAUUUCUAGAAAUACAUGGAUAUACAAAAGUCAAAGCAAUUGAUAUUGAUACAAUAAAACAAUUAGCAUCCAUUGUAUUACAAGAAAAUGCUUUUGUCUAUGAUAAAAAAAUUUAUAAACAAACAACUGGUGGAGCAAUGGGUUCAUCAUUUACAUUAACACUAGCGAAUAUUUUUAUGUGGAAAUGGCAAAAAGAAUUUGUUCGUCAACAGGAUAUAACAAAUGAAUUUUAUGGAAGAUAUAUUGAUGAUGUUUUUAUGACAUGGAAUAGAUCUGAAAAAGAGUUACGAAAAUUAUUAGAGGAUGCUAAUAAAUGGCAUCCAAAUAUUAAGUUAGAUUUUAAAAUUAGUCAAAGUCUUCCUUUUCUUGAUGUACUUCUUACCAAUGAUAAUGGUAUUUUAUCAACUUCUGUCUAUCAUAAACCAGCAGCUGAACCAUAUGUUACACCAUAUCUAUCUGAUCAUCCUCGUCAUGUCUUUCAAAAUAUUAUACAAAAUGCACUUACAAAAGCCGUUCGAUAUUCAUCUACAUAUCAAUUAUUUCUGAAUGAACAAAUUCUUAUUAGGUAUCCAUCUUCAUUUAUUGACAAACAAUUUUUCAAAUUUUUCAACAAAUAUAAGAUAUCCACAACACCAUUUUUAUCGAUGUGUACUGAUGAAAAACAAUUUAAACAAAUGCGUCAAAUUAUUUUAAGAAUACCAACAUACAAACAGUCACAGGUUGCUUUAAGUGCUGCCACAGCCAACCUUGACAAUGAUCCUUCCGAUGAACCCUUAAUGCAAGAAACAAACAUAAUCAAUGAUCCAGAGAAAAAUGAUGCGAAACUCGACAAUAAAAUAAUUAUUCACUAUACACAUGAAAAACGUCUCCAUUCUUUUAAACGUGAUAUGCAUCGAAUAAUGGAUCAUACAUUUGAAAACAAAUUAGACAAAGAUAUUAAACUUAUUGUUGGCAAUCGAAAUCGGCGUGCUGCUGAAAACGAACUCAUACGUAAACGGCCUAAACAAUCAUUAUUAAAGAAUAGAAUUCCAAAAAAAUUAUCUUCAAAUCCAUUUGAAAUAACAUUAAAUAAAGUUGUACGAUUACUCAAUGAUCUUCAUGUUAAACAACAUAAAAUUACAGCUUGGCAAUAUAAACAAAUGUGGCCGAAUUUGAAAACAUGUAAACUAGCCUAUAUGUAUUUCAAUCCUAAAACACAUAAGGAUGGUACUCCAUUUCGACCAAUUAUGAAUACGAUUGACUCACCAACUACGAAUAUUUCACGUCUUUUGGAUCAAUUAAUCCGACCAAUAUUUAAUCAAAAAGUAUCACAUACAACCAUUGUAGAUGGUUGGCAUCUUAUUAAACGACUUCGACAAUAUGUCAAUGAUGGACAUUUAAAGUCAACUACAUUAUUUUGUACGUUUGAUAUUAAUAAUUUAUAUACAAUGUUACCACAACAACAAUCACUUGAUAUUCUUGUUGAAUUUUUUCAAACCUUUCAAAUAUCAAAUAUACAUAGUAUUGAUCAUCAAACUAUUCGUGAAUUAGCUCGUAUUGUAAUCGAAGAAAAUGUUUUUGUUUAUCGUAACAAAUAUUAUCAACAGAUUAUUGGUGGUGCUAUGGGAUCGCCAUUUACAUUAACUUUAGCAAAUAUAUUUAUGUGGAAAUGGGAAAAAGAAUCGAUCUGCAAAAUGUUACCAUCAACUGAAAUUUAUGGACGUUAUAUAGAUGAUAUUUUUAUAACAUGGAACGAUUCACAAGAAAAAUUAGAAGCGUUAUUAAAAAAAUUAAAUUCUUAUCAUCCAAACAUAAAAUUGGAAUAUAAAAUUGGUACAAGUCUUCCAUUUCUUGAUGUAACUGUUUCUAACAACAACGGUAAUCUGUCAACAUCAGUCUAUCAUAAACCAGCUGCUGAACCAUAUGUCGUACCCUUUACAUCUGACCAUCCACGUCAUAUAUUUCGAAAUAUUAUUCGUGCUGCUAAGAUACGAGCCAUUCGAUAUUCUUCGACCUUUGAAGCAUUUAACACUGAACGACGUAAUAUACGGUUCAUGUUAUUAUACAACGGAUAUCCUACAAGAUAUAUAGAUAAAGAAUUUCGAAAAUUUUUUGGAUCAACAUAA